AUAGGUGUAGAGAAUAUCUAAGUGGUGGCUACAGUUCCACCCCUGGUCUGGCUGCCAUGUAUCAUGGGCAAACUACUAGUAAAGGGCCAUCUAAUUCCACACAGAUUUACCAGCAACCUCCAAGGCUCCUCAUUAUGCAUAUCGCUCUACCAUCCUGGGCUGACCUCUGCUCCAACCUCUGUGAGGCUCUGCAGAAUUUUUUCUCUCUAGCCUGCAGCUUGAUGGGCCCCAGCCGCAUGUCCCUCUUCAGCUUAUACAUUGUACAAAAUCAGCACGAGUGCAUCCUCCCCUUUGUGCAAGUGAAAGGGAACUUUGCUAGGCUGCAGGCCUGCAUCUCAGAACUCCGCAUAUUGCAAAGAGAAGGUUGUUUCAGACCACAAGCCACUUCUCUGCAGCUGGCAAUAAAGGAUGGGCUCCAGCAGUUCAAACAGUACAGCGGACACAUGACCACAAGUGCAGCUCUGACCUACACUUCCCUGGAGAUUACUGUUCUGACUUCACAGCCUGGAAAAGAGGUGGUCAAACAAUUGGAGGAAGGAUUGAAAGAUACAGACAUAGUCAGGGUCAGGAGACUUCAGGUGGUUGAGAUCACAAAGGGAGUCCUAGAAUGUAUGGACUCAGCAUCCCCUGUUGAAGAGGCCAGCAACGACGAGAGUUCUAUCCUGGGAACUGAUAUUGACCUUCAGACUAUAGACAAUGAUAUUGUCAGCAUGGAGAUUUUCUUCAAAGCCUGGCUGCAUAACAAUGGAACAGACCAAGAACAUGUCCACCUUCUUCUUCCUUCACGGAGUUUCAGCGACAUUUCCAGAGCCAGAGAUAAUCCAAUGUGCCUGAAAUGUGAUCUCCAAGAGCGACUUCUCAGCCCAUCCCUGCUCCCUGGAACAGCUGAUGGCUCCUUGAGAAUGGAUGACCCCAAAGGAGACUUCAGCACCCUCUACCAGAUGGUUUCCCAGUCAUCAGCCUCUCGUUACAAGCUCCGGGUGAUCAAGGCUCUAAAAUCCAGUGGGGUCUGUGAAUCAUUGACAUAUGGACUCCCCUUCAUCCUCAGACCCACAAGCUGUUGGCAGCUGGAAUGGGAUGAGCUGGAAACAAAUCAGCAGCAUUUCCAUGCUUUGUGUCACAGCCUACUGGUGAGUACCCAUGUCACCCAGUGAAGAAGAGGAAGAGUGUUAAAGUACCCAACACAGAGAAGCAGCUAAUUAAUCCUACCCUGAUCCCAAACCUGUCCCCGUCUUCCAGAGCACAGGGGAAAACUGGACAUACUCUGAAAUGUGGAUUAAAUAUGACUUGCCUUUGUUGGUUUCA